UCCUUUUUCCUUCUCUCUCCCGCAAUCUUACCCUAGAUCUAUUCCUCCCUUUCUUUGCAACGCUAGCCGAAAUCCUAUUUCUCCCUUCCGAGAUUGGCUGGUCAACAGCGCUUCACCUUACGCACUGAACUGAAAUCUAUUUAUUGUUUCUUUUUUUCUGGUUAUCUUAAUUUGGUGAUUUCUCUUUUCUCUUUUGGAAACUCUUGGUCAUUGAUCCAAUUGCUUACAAUUCCUCUUAUGGCCACUCAAACCGCCUCCUCCUCUUCUCCGAAAUACGAUGUCUUCCUUAGUUUUUGUGGUGUUGACACCCGCAAGAAUUUUACCGACCAUCUCUAUUUUGCUUUGAAACAAAAAUACAUUAUUACCUUCAGGGAUGAUGAGAAACUUGAGAGGGGAAAGUAUAUUUCUCCGGAACUCUUGAAAGCAAUAGAAGAGUCCAAGUAUGCAAUCGUCGUCCUCUCAAGAAACUAUGCUUUUUCAAGGUGGUGCUUGAUUGAACUAGCAAGGAUCGUUGAAUGCAUUAAAGAGACCGAGUUGACAGUUUUGCCCGUCUUUUACCAUGUGGAUCCCUCUCAUGUGCGGAACCAGACGGGUGCUCUUGCUAAGGCCUUCGAUAAACAUGAGAAAGAUCCUAGGGUUAACGCAGAGGAAGUGCAAGCGUGGAAAGCUGCUUUGAAAGCAGUGGGCAAUAUCUCUGGAUGGCAUGUAAAUGAUAGGUAUCAUUUGUCUUUUGCAGAGUACUUUUGUUAA